CUUCAUUCACCAUUUUGCGACUGUAGUGAAGAAUGUCCAGGGCAGUAGUUUUUCCUGCUUCUAAGUUGCUUUCUGGGAGAAACAUGAAGGGACGCUGACCGGCAGCUGCGGACGGCCGGACAGCAGGCACUAUUUGAAGCGGCGGACUGAGCGUGGAACGUUGUCGGCGGUGAGUCGUCCUCCUGCAGCACUGCGGUCUCUGGAAUUGAGGGGCAAGUGACAAACUCACGCAACCAACUCCAGAUAGAAUGAAAGAGAGCUGGUCGGGCAGGGGAAGAAAAUAAGGAGAAGAGAGGAGGACAAGAAUAAAUCAAAGCAGACCAAGAACCUCUGGGAUAAAUAAAAAAAAAAAAGUCUUGUUAAAAAGAGAGCAACGGCAGAUGAUAAGAUGAAGCCUAUAAAAAAGCCGAGCCGACGCUCACCACCAUCCACCCGGGCUAAAGGGGGGAAGCGGCGAGGAGCUGGGGAUGCCCCAGAAGGAGGUGAAAAAAGAGACUCGGAGGACAACAGGGACAGAAGCAGAUCCCACCACAGCCAGACUCCCUCGUCAUCUUUUUCUAGUAAUUCACAUUCAGAGGACUUUGAAGCAGUCCAGGCAGAUCCGGUCAGAGUGCGGGACACAUCAGAGGGGGAAGGAAUUCACAGAGCGAGCCAAGGGCUGACAGAGACAAUAGUAUCACUUGUGUUGGAAUCCGGUAAACUGGUGACAUCCUCGGAUGAUAGAUCAGAGAGGUCAGCUAUGAGUGGUGGCAGCCACAGCGAUAGUGGUGGUAGUAAUAGUGGUAGUAACAGCAGUACACCAAGCGCCAAUAACAGCCCUAACCCUGCCUCCAGCCGCAAAACAGUCACGUUCAAAGCACGUGUUCCCAAGAAGAAGUACACUUCUGAACAUUGCUCAUCUACCACUGCUGUUAGCCAUAGCAACUCUGCCUCCAUCACAGUCCCUUCUCUUCCUGUGAGUGUUGGUACUCAUACUGUCAUCAGCCCCGGGUCAGACAUCAGCUCUUCACAACUAGUUCGAAAUAGUAAAAGCAGGAGCCUGAUAGAAGACUUUCAGAGCAGGACUAGUGUCAAGGAUGCCCUCGAGAAUGGUUCCUCUGGGCCUCCUACCCUGUUGCCACAAGAGGAUAGGGUACAGCUGGGAGAAUCUGAAAGCAUGAGAGAGAGAGAUGAAGAGCGGGUUUCACCUACACCUUUGCCCCGCUGUUCAUCAACAGACACUGCCAGCGAGCACUCGGCAGACCUGGAGGUUGUUGAUGAUGCGCGCACACCCACACAGAUGUCUGUACAUGCACCGCCUAGUCUCUCAGAUGCAUUAUCUGAUGCACUGGCCAAAGGGCUGAAGAAUCAGCGAGUCCUUGCUCGACAGCUCAGGAGAAGUGAUGGGGAAGGAGGGGAAAAAAGAGAGCGAAUGAGGGAUUUGGAGUUAAUGUUCCGGGCUGGAGUAGUACGUAAGGUCAGUGGUGAGUAUGGAAGUCUGGAGGUACAAUUAAAUGGGGAGAAAUCACUGUCAUGUUAUCCCUACCGACAUGACAGUCCUCCAGGAGUGGUGGACAUUAUCUUGGAUGCCCCACCGCCUGGUGUCCACCCAAUACCAGUUGGCAGCCGUGUCUGUGUUCCCUUUGGCAAUGAAGAGGGGAGCGAAGGACAGUGGCAGUGGUACAGAGAAGGUGUGGUGACCAAGGUUGAUACACACCCUGCAGUGGCCAACCGCUAUCGUGUCCAGUUAGCCAACGAAAGGUCUCCCUCAUUGCAAGAGGGCAAGGAUGUCAGAUUGUCAGCUGGUGCUACCCAGGCAGUGUGGGUGUCCAGACAAACCCUCCGGCUUUUGGUGCCACCUUGGGACCUAGACCUGCCCUCUGGAGCAGGAGGGGAAGGACAGCAGGGGGUCAGAGACAAGGAAAGAGAGCAGGAGGACAAAGAGGAGAUGGAUGUUGAGCAAGAACUGUGUCGCUUAAGCCAGGGAAUAACACCUGGGGUAGGGCCAGUCUUAGGAAGAGGAAUACCCUUUCAAGGCAUGGUCCCAUCAUCUUCAUCAUCAGGCAACAAAAUCACUUCUCCAGCAACUCCAGCCUCAGUUCUCACGAUAGCACAUGGGAGAGAGUGGGAGGUAGACAAAGAUGUGGAGAGAGAGAGGGAGCUCCAGAGAAAACAGGAGAGGGAGAGAGAACGAGAAAGGGAGAACAAUGCAAAACAGCAACAACAACAACAGCACCACCACCACCCUUACAUGCCACUCACGCCUGAAGAAGACAUGGAAGUGUCCCACUUCAACAUGGUCCCUAUGGGGGCAAUCAUACCAGGGGCCAACCCCAUAGCUGUACCACAGCACCGCCACAUUGUCUCUAAGCCCCCACCUAGCUACCUCAGUCCCCAUAUGUCAGUUGUGCGGGGCAUCGGGAUCCCUUCCGCCCAUUUGGCUUUGAAUCCCCACCCACCUCCUUCACCGGUCCUGCUAGGUCUCGACCCAGCAGCAGCAACUGUAAUUACCACACCCCAGCUCCCACCUCUUCCACCCAUCUCCUCCUCCACUGCAUCUUCCUCCAGAAUAGAAAAGGCUUCAGGAGGUGGUUCUUCAGGUGGAGGAGCAGGAGGUGGUGGGGGCUCUGGAUCAGGUUCAACCUCCUCCUCUUCUUCACGUUCCCGCACACCACUGACAGCUGCCCAGCAAAAGUACAAGAAGGGAGAUGUAGUAUGCACACCAACAGGUAUUCGCAAGAAGUUUAAUGGAAAACAGUGGAGGAGGCUGUGCUCAAGGGAGGGCUGUUCUAAAGAGUCACAGCGCCGAGGAUACUGCUCCAGACACCUCUCAAUGAGGACCAAGGAAAUGGAGGCCAGUGGAGGUGCCCGGGAACGAGGAGGAGCCAGCAGCACGGGGACCCUGACACCGUCUGACCUCCGAUUGAGCGGUGGUAGAGGUAGCUCUGAGUUUGACUGGGAUGAGACAUCACGGGAAAGCAGUGAAGCCAGCAGCCGUGGAGGAGACUCCCAUCCCCGCCUUGUGCUUUCUUCCCUGCUCCCACAGGACCUCUCUCGCUUUGACUUUGAUGAAUGUGAGGCAGCAACUAUGCUGGUCUCUCUGAGUGGUUCCCGCUCAGGUACACCCUCAUUUUCCCCUAUUUCCAACCAGUCACCAUUCUCUCCAACCCCAUCACCUUCACCCUCACCGCUGUUUGGUUUCCGCCCUGCCAAUUUCAGUCCAAUUACUCCUCCUGCUUCACGCCGCCAUCGUCAGCUCAGUGGCAAUAAAAUGAGCACGCCAUGUGCUGAGCGGGAGCGCCACCUCUCUGGCAUUGUGCCCACAUUUCAGACCAAUCUCAAUCUAACUUUUACAGUGCCCAUGAGCCCCAGUAAGCGGAAGCUUGAUGCCCAUCCACCCCCUCCUCUACCUGCAGUCCAAGAUUACCAAACCAAACCUGAGCAGCAGCAACUGGUGGGUGUAGGGGGAGGAGUGGUGGGAGACCCGAUGUUGGGCCACAGCCCGGCCUCCUUCAGAGUCCUUUCCCCUCAGAGUCAGCCCACAACCCCAUCCUCACUUUCCUUCCCUCGGCCUCGUAGUGCCACCAGCAGGCCACCAUCCUCUGCUGCCUCUACUCCUCCGCCAAUGCUGGUCUCUCCCACGCCACCCUCCCCUCUGCCCCAGGAACCCUCCCCACGCCGCAUUGUGCCCCUCCGAGAUUCUCCAGUCAUUGUCCGCAACCCAGAUGUUCCUCUAGCCAAGUUCUCUGAUGGCCCACUAGGAAGGAGAGGGAGUAGGUCAAGGGAACACAGCCAGUUGCAACACACUGCUCCUCCAGGUCUCCAAGUGCCAGUCCCCAUCAACGGAGCCACCACCAACGGUGCAGUUCUCCUUCGCAACCCCACAUCGACACUGGUCUUGGUUACCUCCAGCUCGUCCUUGACCCCAGCCACCACUGGCCAUGGUGCCAUGUGCAGCUCUUCCAACACCGGUUCGAUGUCCACUUCCACAGGCCUGGUUUUGUCGUCUUCUGGUUCUGGUGGUAGAGAAAGGAAACCUGAGGGACACCAGGAUGCCUCCACAGGGAUGCUGCAGCAGCCAGUCGCCUGUCACCCCACACCCACGGCCCUGCUGCCGCUCAUACUGCCGGCAGAAUCGCCUCACCCCACCCCACGGAAGCAAAUCAUCAUGGGACGUCCAGGAACAGUUUGGACUAAUGUGGAGCCUCGGUCAGUGCCAGUGUUCCCUUGGCAUUCACUUGUCCCUUUCCUGGAGCCCAGCCAAUCAGGAGCGUCGGCUCAGCCUACUGAUGGCCAACAGCUUGUCAAUCAAGGCAAAGAGCCUCGCUGUGGUGUGGCUCUGGUGAGUGAUGGACGGACCGGCCCUUCAGAUAUGGAUCGGGGAUCCCCGUCAUGCCCUCCUCCGACCAAUGACAAUCCUUCUACUGAUAGGGGAGGGGCUGACAGUGAGACAGAGAGUGACACAGAUGACCCCUUCUCCCCAGGUGUGGGCAAUGAUCCAGCGCCAUCCACUGGCACCUUCAAGAGGCGCACACAGUCCCUCAGUGCCCUGCCCAAGGAUGGAGACAGGAAGAAGGACAAGGACCACAUCCGCCGUCCCAUGAACGCAUUUAUGAUCUUCAGUAAACGCCACCGAGCACUUGUACACCAGCGGCAUCCCAACCAGGACAAUCGAACCGUCAGCAAAAUUCUGGGUGAGUGGUGGUACGCUCUGGGACCCAAUGAAAAGCAGCAGUACCAUGAUCUGGCCUUCCAGGUGAAGGAAGCUCACUUCAGAGCCCAUCCAGACUGGAAAUGGUGUAACAAGGACCGCAGGAAGUCGCUGUCAGAGGGCCGCGGGAUGCUGAAAGAGCCUCGGGAGAGGAGCAUGUCAGAAAGCAUAGACCCCCAUUCGGACUCUCACGCCUUGGAAGGGAAGGGAGGAGGCUCAGGCUGGACAGGGGGAUCAGAUCGCCAAUCAGGCCCAUUUGGGGUGCAGCACCCCCGUCCCCGUGCAUUUUCUCAGAGUGCUGUACACACCCUGGAGCGGCGGGAGAGAGAGAAAGACUUGGAAAAGCAGGACAGGGGAAGUUUGUUUCACACCCAACCUCCAUCUCAAACCCGGUACCAGGGCGGGGCCAGUGAGGAUGUGACCAGUGAUGAUGAGCGCAUGGUCAUCUGUGAGGAAGAGGGAGAUGAUGAUGUCAUGGAGGAUUUAUGUCCCGAAGGCUCCAUUGACCUCAAGUGUAAAGAAAGAGUGACAGACAGUGAUGAAGAUGAGCCAGACGGACAGCAUGGCUUCCAGCCAGUGGUGCACUCCUCUGUCCCCUCUUUUUCCCUCUCUAACCCUCAUGCCGAUUCCAUGUCAGCUAAAGGGAACGCAGGAGGAGGAGGAGCUGAAGACAGUUCUGAGAUGAAAAGAAGGCGCGGUGCGGGCGAAGGAGAGGAAGGCACUGAAGGAGGUUCUACCAGAAUCGAGACAGCAGCAGCUGUCAGAGAAGGCGGUGGAGGAGGCGUGCAUGGAGUUCCUCCAUUUGUCACUGGCUCUGCAGUCAACACGCAGUCUCCGUUCACUUUGGCCCAGCAGGGUCUAACCCAGGUCCUCGGCACCGUCCGCAUGGCUCCCACCAUCAUGACCAAUGUGGUGCGACCCAUUGCCAGCACGCCCAUUCCCAUUGCCAGCAAGCCAGCUGAGGGCCUCAGCUCUUUGCCACAAGACAAGAAGGCCGCUCUGCUGAUUGGAGGGAGUGGACCCCAGCAGCUGCCAAUCACUGCAGGGGGUGGAUACCUGGCUUCAUCCUCCUCCCCCAGUUCUGUCAGUGUAAACACUGUGGGGUGCAACGGCUUGGCCACUAGUUUAGUUCUGGGAGGGUCUUUCCCAGCUUCUCAACCAGUGCAGCUCCUAACCCCACAACCCCCACAGCCUCACGGCCCUGCUCCUCUACCCCUGCUCCAAUCCCAGCUUCAACCCUCUGCCGCCACUUCGGCCGUCCCAAAUCCGCUCGCUCAGGUCCAGUACAUCCUGCCCACCAACAGCCCGUCGUCCCCUCAGCUCACCCACCAACCAACCAGCAUCCUGUCCCUGCCCUCGGCCCUGCCGACAAACACUGCCUUGGCCAAUGGCGUCCACUCAGGGGCAGGAAUCAGAUUUGCAUCAGUCAGUCCCGGGUCCAGAGUUCAAACCCAGUCACCAGUGUUACAGAGCAAGAUGUUGGUUCCCAUGGCAACAGUGAGAACAGGGUCUGCUCCUCCUCAUCCUUCCAUUUCCCUUGUGGCUCCGCCUCUUCCUGUGCAGAAUGGCACUGCAACAGGAAACAAGAUCAUCCAGAUUGCUCCCAUGCCCGUCGUCCAACCCAGCGUUCACCCUAAUGCCGCAGCGGCCGUUCAUCCAGGAAGCGCCUUUCCUGUUUCUGUGGCAACAGUGAUGGCUCCCGGUGCAGCACCACCACAGACCGUUCUGCUGACCUCUCCACCCACCAGGAUCACCUACGUGCAGUCUAAUCCUGGUGUUACCACAGCAACAGCUCAACAAGCCCAACCCCCUCCAGGCGCCGCCUAUCUCCCGUCCUCUCUGGCAACUCUGGGCUUUGCUGCCAUUGCCCCACCUGGGCAAACCCUUGUUCAGCCCAUUGUUGGUCAACCGUCGGUGAUUGCUGCCCCGCCUCUGAACUGUCAGUCUCAGACCCCUCCAGGCCAGGCCUCAGCAACCGCUGGUCGUCAGGUUCUAACUGCCAUAUAUCCUGCACCAACCGUUGCACUGGCUACCAGCGUUGUUUCUGUGACGACCGUACCUCCCAGAGUGGCAACACCGUCUCAGGACCUCUUACACCCUUCUUCUCCACUGGAGGCUGGGGUGCAGGUUUCCUCUGUGGUGAUCCCUCAUCCAAGGGUGAAAGGAGAAGUGGACCAGAGGGUGGAGAUGAAGAGCGAGAGCCAUCCUAAUGCUCAUACUGAGGAUGGCAUCCAAGGGAACUCUGUUUGUGUUACUAAUUUUACAGUGGAUAACUGUACCAGCAGUCCCCCAACAGCAACAAAAAAAGAGGAGGACAUUAAAGUGGAAAAUCUACGAGAAGAACAAGGCAGAGAGAAAUGGUGUGAAGUGGACAAAGAGCAGGAGAGAGGCAUGAUGGACAGCAGUGAAAACAAGCGAUGCAGAGAGUUGGAGAAAGAGGAUAACAGCACGGGAGACAGCAGCAGCAAAGAGGAUGGAUGUCAUUCUCCUGCUCCACCACCCUCAGGGUUAGACCCCCCCCUCCCUCCUCGCCCUGAGAACAGAGAAUCCGCCUCCUCUUCAAAGAAGACCAAGUUCCGCCCCCCACCACUCAAAAAAACACCGGACUCGAUUGAUAAGGUGUUGUCAGGGACAUACUUUGAGGAGCGUUUUGCUGAGCUUCCUGAGUUUAACCCAGAGGAAGUCCUACCCUCACCCACCCUGCAAAGUCUGGCCACGUCCCCCAGAGCCAUCCUGGGAAGCUACCGCAAGAAGAGACGCAAUUCCACCGAACCGGAGGUGACGGCAGAGGACCCCAUCUCCCCGAGGAGGAAAACUCGACGUCUGUCCAGCUGCAGCUCAGAGCCCAACACCCCGAAGAGCGCGGCCAAGUGUGAGGGUGAAAUCUUCACCUUUGACCGAGCAGGUACAGACGCGGAGGAUGUCCUGGGAGACUUGGACCGGGUUCCCUACUCGUCUCUGCGUAGAACCUUAGAUCAGCGCCGGGCUCUGGUCAUGCAGCUGUUUCAGGAACAUGGCUUCUUCCCCUCAGCUCAGGCCACUGCUGCGUUUCAAGCCCGAUUCUCAGACACCUUCCCCACCAAGGCCUGCCUGCAGUUGAAGAUCCGUGAAGUUCGGCAGAAGAUCAUGCAGACAGCCACGCCUGGAGCCCCAGAACUCGGAGGGUCAUCGGAGACUAAUCCUGCCCCAUCCCACAGCUCCUCUUUCAGUCAGUCAUACCGGGAGGAUGGAGGGGAAGAGCAGCAAGAUGACAAAGUCCGGAGUCCAGAGGAGCCAAAAAGUGGCACGUUAUAAGCUGGAGCGGAUGACUAAUGAAAAAGAGAAGGGAGUGUCCCUUCCCCACAGAAUGCUCUUAUACAUGUUGGAUCAGGACUACAGAUGGUUCCAGCAGAACGGGUCUGCUGGCACUAGUUUCCUCCAGACCAGUCCUGGGCAGAAACACUUUGGAAUAUGGUCAUAAAUAUUCAAACUACUCAAGGUGCACUUGAAUUAUUGUAUCACACAACUAAAAAAAAGGCCUCAAAAG